AUGGCUAUUCCUACCGAUAAUCGAGAAUUUUACAAAAUAUUAAAUGAUGACAAUUUGCUAUCUGAAUUCGUUCGCGACCAAAGUUUUGCUCAGAAAAGUGAAGAUCAUACAUGUCAUUGUGGUUCCUCGAUGGUUGAUGGUGCAAGAAAGAAGAAACUGAAAGAUGGUACUGUGAAGGUCUAUCCAACUAUACGAUGUACUAAUCGACAAUGUCGAAAUCAAUUAAGUGUUCGCAAAAACACGUUUUUCUCAUUUACUGAUGCAUUAGACCGACCAAAUUCAAAACUUGAUAUACGUACAAUUCUGAAAUUAAUAUGGCUUUGGUGCCUAGGAACUUCAUCAUCAACCAUUUCCACCUUGGUACAUGUUACACAAACGACUGUGGUUGACUGGACUAAGUUUUUGCGAGAAGUUUGCCAAGAGAAGCUGAAUGAUGCUCCACAGAUGGGUGGAAUUGGUGAAGUAGUACAAAUAGAUGAAUCGUUAGUUCGUGGUAAACGCAAAUAUAAUCGUGGUCGUCUACUACUUGGCAAUCGUAAAAACACCACAGCUGCUAACAACAACGAUAAUAAUAAUAAUAACAAUGGUCUUGUUCAAUAUUCAAGUUGCAGUUCGAGUGAUGAUUCAGAUUCCAGCAGUGAUCAAGCUCAGGCAAAUAACAAUAGAAAUUAUGAAUUAACAACAUCAUAA